AUGGCAGUACUCGAAGCCAUAUUGCCAGCAGUGGCACGGAGCUCCGGAAUUUCCCUUCAAUUAUACCGAGUGGCCGCCUCGUCCCACAACGCGGCUGCGAGGGACCUCAUCAAGGCAGCAAGCACAAUCAAUAAUUUUGCUUCAACACUGAAGCAGAUCGGGACGAUCAUCAAGGAGGACGAUCGGUUGCCAUCUUCUGAGGCCAUCGAGACCCUAGAAGAUCUGAUUGAUCAGUCUCGUACCAUAUCGUCUGAGAUUGAAUCAUUCUCUGCCAUCUUAGUCGAGGACCAUUGCGGCGAACCGGGCGCAAAAUCACACGAUCAUGGGCUCGGACACUCAGACUCGCCGCAAGCAACGAGGCUCGUAUACCUCGUCUCCCAUCUGGAAGCGUUGAGAGCCACCCUUUCGGUUCUUCUCCAGACUCUGUUCACAGCGCAGAGUAUAAUUUGGUCCAAGUACCGCCCAACAAUAUCGCAACAACAAGCGGAGAGGGCUGUCGCUAAUGAGCGGCUGCAACUUGAAACUCUUGUGAUGGAACAGCAGAUCUUGAUCUUGACUGCGUCAAGUACCUAUGAACAUCUUUCGUCAUCAGACUCUCUAUUAUUGAUGGAGACAGACAGCUCAUUAAGUCUUGUCACUGCCAAACAAGAAGACACGCCCAAUCCGACCACCCUCUAUCGGUAUCAAGAUCGACAGCUUGCAAAUCUAGACAAGUCGACGUUUAAUCCAUCCCAAUGGGUAUCGAACAUGAACAACAGUAGUCCAUCACAUAUCGAGCGCAUGUUGGAGAGAUGGACAUGCCUACCACAGCUUGAGGCUCGCUUGAGAGAGGCUGAGCAACAGACUCGAAAUCAACAGAGAGAAUCACAACAGCCAAUGGUGGAGUCAGAUGAUGAGGAGGACCACGAGCAGCGGCAGAACCUUGCUGGUACAAGUACUAGAAUGGCACAGCCAUUGUUUAGCGAACCUGAAAACUCUCGCACAGUACGAGACACCAAGUAUGGACCAACGGCUCCAUUGUCACCAGCUGCAUCACCCCGAACUUCACGUCAUAGCCUGGCUGGAUCUACCGAUGAGAAUAACUCGCCACAAUCGAACAUAACUAGCUUACCAGUCGAAGCUGCAGCCGCAAUAGAAGCGCAGGAGGAAGACGAAGAUAUAGAUCUGGAGAUUCCUUGGCAGCUAUGCACACGAAAGUAUUACUGGAAGUAUAUCGAUGGUAAAGUUGUGGAGUCCAACACCGACCAGUCUCCCUCGGCUGCAUUCCAGGAGAGGAAUAGCUGGACUGAAAUUAUGGCGAGUUGGGUGUGCAAAGAAGCAAUCCAAGAAGCUGGGUAUCGGGUGACACAGGUUCAAAAGGACAAGAAAGAUGGUAGACGCACCAAGUUCGAGACGUGCUUCUGUAUCGAACGGCCAUUACAGUUCGAGCAGGUCAAGCAGCUUGUCGAGCGCACGGUGGAGAUGUACCGACAAAAGAAGCCUCCGUCUCCAGCCCCUCAAGUCAGGCGUUCAUCAUUUAACCGACCGCCUCCACCACCGGUGAAGAUCAGUCGAGCAAAUGACACGGAUCGCGAUCGCACUCCGGUGCCGAGUAAAACUCAUCCACAACUCGGACGGACGACGAACUCGAUGCCCAUUCCACCGCCGCCUCCGAUGGAUCGUUCGUUGUCAAUGCCAGGACCUGGCUAUCAACAUGGACCCAACCCACAUACAUCAAAUUUACACAUACCCAUGCCACCUGGAAACUACGUAGGCUCUGCGCCACAUGGACCAUACUCACCUCAGGUACAGCAAGCUCCAUAUCCUGGACAGAUGUACAACUCCCCACAGGGAUACCCACCGAACGCAGGAUUCCACAAUCCAGCUGUACCGCCAUAUUUUCAGCCGCACAAUCUCCAGGUGCCACAGUCGCCACUGAGACAAACGUAUCUGAAGCCGAAGGUGAAGUCAAGGUAUGACGAUGAUUUUACCACGUCGGACUCAGAUAGUGGAAAGGAUAGGCGGCGGCGCAGGUCGAAGUCGAGGAGUAGAUACUCUACAGAUUCGAAGAAGAAAAGCCACAACAAGAGCAAGGCUGCGGGUGUUUUGAUGGGUGUUGGAGGAUUGACUGCUCUGCUUGAUGGUUUGAGCGGCUUGUAG